CGGGCCGACGCCGCUUCAAGCCGCGACCUGCGCCAUGAAGCUCAACGUGGACGGGCUGCUGGUCUACUUCCCAUACGACUACAUCUACCCGGAGCAGUUCUCCUACAUGCUGGAGCUCAAACGCACGCUGGAUGCCAAGGGUCAUGGAGUCCUGGAGAUGCCCUCAGGCACUGGGAAGACAGUGUCCCUGUUGGCCCUGAUCAUGGCGUACCAGCGGGCGUAUCCACUGGAGGUGACUAAACUCAUCUACUGCUCGAGGACUGUGCCUGAGAUUGAGAAGGUGAUUGAAGAGCUUCGAAAGUUACUCAACUUCUAUGAGAAACAGGAGGGCGAGAAGCUGUCGUUUUUGGGGCUGGCUCUGAGCUCCCGAAAGAACCUGUGCAUUCAUCCCGAGGUGACGCCCCUGCGCUUUGGGAAGGACGUCGACGGAAAAUGCCACAGCCUCACGGCCUCCUACAUAAGGGCACAGUACCAGCGGGACCCCAGCCUGCCCCACUGCCGCUUCUACGAGGAAUUUGAUGUCCAUGGGCGCCAGGUGCCCCUCCCCGCUGGCAUCUACAACCUGGACGACCUGAAGGCCGUGGGGCAGCGCCAGGGCUGGUGCCCAUACUUCCUUGCCCGAUACUCAAUCCUGCACGCCAACGUGGUGGUCUACAGCUACCACUACCUCCUGGACCCCAAGAUUGCCGACCUGGUGUCCAAGGAGCUGGCCCGCAAGGCUGUCGUCGUCUUCGACGAGGCCCACAACAUUGACAAUGUCUGCAUCGACUCCAUGAGUGUCAACCUCACCCGCCGGACCCUGGAUCGGUGCCAGGGCAACCUGGAGACCCUGCAGAAGACGGUGCUCAGGAUCAAGGAGACGGAUGAGCAGCGUCUCCGGGACGAGUACCGGCGCCUGGUGGAGGGGCUGCGGGAGGCCAGCGCCGCCCGGGAGACCGACGCCCACCUGGCCAACCCCGUGCUGCCCGACGAGGUGCUGCAGGAGGCGGUGCCAGGCUCCAUCCGCACGGCCGAGCACUUCCUGGGCUUCCUGCGGCGGCUGCUGGAGUACGUCAAGUGGCGGCUGCGCGUGCAGCACGUGGUGCAGGAGAGCCCACCCGCCUUCCUGAGCGGCCUGGCCCAGCGCGUGUGCAUCCAGCGCAAGCCCCUCAGGUUCUGCGCCGAGCGCCUGCGCUCCCUCCUGCACACCUUGGAGAUCGCGGACCUCGCUGACUUCUCCCCUCUCACCCUCCUGGCGAACUUCGCCACGCUCGUCAGCACCUACGCCAAGGGUUUCACCAUCAUCAUUGAGCCUUUUGACGACAGGACCCCAACCAUCGCCAACCCCAUCCUGCACUUCAGCUGCAUGGACGCCUCGCUGGCCAUCAAACCCGUGUUCGAGCGCUUCCAGUCCGUCAUCAUCACAUCUGGGACGCUGUCCCCGCUGGACAUCUACCCCAAGAUCCUGGACUUCCACCCCGUCACCAUGGCAACCUUCACCAUGACAUUGGCUCGGGUCUGCCUCUGCCCCAUGAUCAUUGGCCGUGGCAACGACCAGGUGGCCAUCAGCUCCAAAUUUGAGACCCGGGAAGAUAUUGCGGUGAUCCGGAACUACGGAAACCUCCUGCUGGAGAUGUCAGCUGUGGUGCCCGAUGGCAUCGUGGCCUUCUUUACCAGCUACCAGUACAUGGAGAGCACCGUGGCCUCCUGGUACGAGCAGGGCAUCCUCGAGAACAUCCAGAGGAACAAGCUGCUCUUUAUUGAGACCCAAGAUGGGGCUGAGACCAGUGUGGCCCUGGAGAAGUACCAGGAGGCCUGCGAGAACGGCCGUGGGGCCAUCCUGCUCUCGGUGGCCCGAGGCAAAGUGUCUGAGGGAAUUGACUUUGUUCACCACUAUGGCCGGGCCGUCAUCAUGUUCGGGGUGCCCUAUGUCUACACCCAGAGCCGCAUUCUCAAGGCGCGACUGGAAUAUCUUCGGGACCAGUUCCAGAUUCGAGAGAACGACUUUCUGACCUUCGAUGCCAUGCGCCACGCGGCCCAGUGUGUGGGUCGGGCCAUCAGGGGCAAGACUGACUACGGCCUCAUGGUCUUCGCCGACAAGCGGUUUGCCCGGGCCGACAAGCGGGGGAAACUGCCCCGCUGGAUCCAGGAGCACCUCACCGACGCCAACCUCAACCUGACCGUUGACGAGGGGGUCCAGGUCGCCAAGUACUUCCUGAGGCAGAUGGCACAGCCAUUCCACCGGGAGGAUCAGCUGGGCCUGUCCCUGCUCAGCCUGGAGCAGCUGGAGUCGGAGGAGACGCUGCGGAGGAUAGAGCAGAUCGCUCAGCAGCUGUAGCGGGGUGGGGGCGGGGCCGUAAAAGGAGUUGGCCCUGACUCCUGAGCCUUACCUGGCCCUGGGUCCCAGCAGCUUGGAGGGCGCCUCCGGGGGAGGCGCUUAAAGGUCCCUGCAGGACACCUCAGGCAGACGUUCUGGCUGCCAAGUCUACAGCCUUUAAUCACAGGAGGAGAGGACAGCGGGGAAGCCCAAGACACUGGGUGCCCCCGAGGGGUGGGAGCGAGUCAGGGAGAUGAAAGGACUCCCGUCCCCUCCUCCCAUCCCACUCCCGCUCCUCCUGAGAAGCCGCAG